GAAAACCAGUAUACUUAAAAAAAACGCCAUGGACAGUGAGUUGAUAAAGCAACUGCUGCAAGGAGAAAUCUUCUGGUAUGAAACGACGACGUCAAGUGCUACUACUGCUGCUGCUACUGCACCGAGUGCUUUCGUUCCGUUUUCGACUGCCGUUCUGGGUUGCGUCGACGGUGAUGGAAAUUCCGGGAAUUUGAACAAGAGGAUGAUUGGGUUCUUGAAGAAGAGUUGGCCGUCGGCGGGGGCGGCGGAUGCUAAGGAAGGUGGGAAAGAGAGGUGUUUUCUUCAUAUGAUGAAUGAGAGAAUGAGAAGAGAGAAGCAGAAGAGAAGUUACUACGCCUUGCAUUCCAUGCUUCCUCAUGGCACCAAGAAUGAUAAGAACUCGAUAGUUCAAAUGGCGAUGAAGAGUGUUCAAGAGCUGGAAUGGGUGAAGAAAGAUUUGGAGAGGAGAAACCUUGAGUUGCAAGCAAACUAUAAUGAGGGAAAGAGGAUAAAAGUGAAGAUAGAGGAUCCGACAUCUGGGAUUGAUUCAAUGUUGGAAGCUCUCAAAUGCUUGAAGGCCAUGGAUUCCAAACCCACAAUGAUUCACUCAAUGUUCACUCAUCAACAAUUCCUUGCUGUCAUGGAGUUUGAAUCUCAGAUGGGAGCUGCCAAGGUAGAGGCGGCGGUGACUAAAACAUUGCAAGAAGCUGAGAGGAAACUUCAGCGACGUUGGACCGACCCAAUAUUAAUACACGACCACAAGUUUUGA